AUAUGGAAAACGAGCAAAUGUUUUGCUGACGAUUUGGUACGGAUGGUCUUGGUGGAGUGGAUAUGUAUAAAGUUUGAAAAUAUCGAAGGGAUAUAAUGGGGAGAGAUUCCAGAAGAACAGAGGAGAGAAGACCUCGGUCUCGGGAGCGCAAUCGUCGCCACGAGGGAAAGACUGCUCACAAGGAUAGGGAUAAGGAGCGAAAUUACACUCCUGUGAGGUCUAAAAGUGAGUAUAAAGGGUCUAGGAAGAGAGAUGAGCCGAGGAAGAAGUCCAGGCAGGGGUCUUCAGGAUCUAGGGAUAGAGCCAAGUCUUCUAAACGGAAGAGUCGGAGGAGAUCCUCAUCAAGUUCAUCCUCGUCGUCCACCUCUUCCAACUCAUCUGCAGAUUCGACGAAACUCCUGAAAAAGCUAGAGAAACAGCGGUUAAAGCAGUUGGAGGAACGAAAACGUCAGAAAGAAUUGGAGAAGGCGACAGAGCCUCCCGAGGAGAAGAGGCUUCGUCGUCUGAAGAAGAAAGAGGCAAAAGAGCGCAAGCGAAAGGAGAGAAUGGGCUGGGACAACGAUUACCUCCACUACACGAACACAGACAAUCCCUUCGGCGAUGGUAAUCUCCUUUCUACUUUCGUGUGGUCUAAAAAAUUGGAGAAAGAGGGCCUCUUGGGGGUGAGUCACGAGACCCUGGAGCAGAGGAAUCGCCAUAAGCAAGAGGAGAAUAAGCGAGAGCUCGAGAAGGUGAAGAAACGUCGACAGGAACGAGAGUUGGAGAGGCAACAGAGGGAGGAGGAGAUGGCAUUACUUCAGAGGGGAAAAGAGGCAGCACAAUUGGAGCAAUGGGCCAAACAAGAAGAUCAGUUUCACCUGGAGCAGGCCAGACUCAGGUCUCGUAUUAGAAUUCAGGAUGGAAGGGCUAAACCUAUUGAUCUUCUUGCUAAAUAUAUCAGCGCCGAGGAGGAGGUCGAUGCUGUUGAGAUGCACGAACCCUAUACUUAUCUCCGAGGGCUCCAAGUGAAAGACCUUGAGGAUCUCAUUGAAGACAUAAAGGUUUACAAGGAGCUUGAAAGGGGUGGCAAUCUCGAUUACUGGAAUGAUAUCACUGUCAUCGUCGAGGACGAGCUCUAUAAACUGAAGAAACUCGAACGAUCAGAAUACGAAGUCGCUGUUAAGCGGAGGGAAGGGAUUCAUGAAUCGGUAGUUAAGGAUGUGGCUGCCACGUUCAAAGGCAAAACUGUAGCUCAAUUGGAAGGUAUCCAAUUGAGAAUCGAAGAGAAAAUAUCAGGUAAACCCGAGGGAGUUGACAUAGGCUACUGGGAGAGUCUCCUCUCACAACUGAAGGCGCACAUGGCACGAGCUCGUCUACGAGAUCGUCACCAGGAGAAUCUGCGAAAAAAAUUGGAGGUGCUGAUGGCAGAGCAGGGGGUGGCAAGGGCAGAGAGUGAGAUCAAUGAUUCUGAGGGAAAAAGUGAAACAUCGAAGGCCGAAAAUCCCCAGGAAACCCACGGAAGUGAUGCAGCAGAGGCAACAGAGACAGAGGCCCCGGAUGAAAAGGAGAAAACAGAUGAUGAAGGGUCUGAUGAUGAGGCAACAUCCACCCCAGCUGAAGAUAUUCUCUCAGAGUCCAUUGGAGAGUAUGAGUCCGGUGGAUAUUCCCCUAGAUAUAUGUCCACAUCUCAGUUGGAGCCAGGGACAAUCGUUACUCUGGAGGAGGAGGACAGCCAGAGGCUGGAGUACGCCAGGGCUCAGGUAUUUGCCACUGGGAAUAAAGUGCAGAAUGUUAUGACUGCUGAGGAGCAAGCACUGCAGGCAGAGGCGAGGAAAAAUAUGGGUUCAGAUGAAGCGCAAUUCAGUGUCGAAACAUCGUUAGAGGCCCAAAUUUAUCUGUGGUCUGAUAAAUACAGGCCAAGAAAGCCCAGGUACUUUAAUCGAGUGCACACUGGAUUUGAGUGGAAUAAGUACAAUCAGACGCAUUAUGAUAUGGACAAUCCUCCACCUAAGAUCGUUCAGGGAUACAAGUUCAAUAUAUUUUAUCCUGACUUAAUCGAUAAGAGCACGACUCCUGAAUAUUAUCUGACGCCUUGCAGUGAUAACAAAGACUUUGCUAUCUUGCGAUUUCAUGCAGGGCCACCCUACGAGGACAUUGCCUUCAAAAUCGUCAGCAGAGAGUGGGAAUACUCGUAUAAACGUGGGUUCAGGUGUCAAUUCCAUAAUAAUAUAUUUCAAUUGUGGUUCCAUUUCAAGAGGUACAGAUACAGGAGAUAAGUUCGACUGAUCAUUCAGAAUUACUUCUACAAGUGUCAAUGGAUUUUCAACAUAGAAAUGUAAAUAAUUAUAAUUUUUACUGAUGGACAAUGAAAUCCAACGUGAAAUUCCUGUUCUGCACUUGAAUAGACAUCUCGAUUUUAUUUCAUGGCAAAAAUCAAUUGAUAUCCGUCUUGUUUUUGAUUUUUUGUACUCUUACAAAUGAAUGAGACGUUUAUUUCACAAUGAUAUAUUUCAUUUAUCUCCAAUUUUUGCUGUGAGAAUGUAAAUAUUAUUCAAUAAAUUAUAUGAUUUUAAUUUA